AUGUUUCUUCUUUUUCUUUCUUCAAUUUUUCUUCUUUUUAUUCCUACAAUUUUUCUUCUUUUUCUUUCUUCAAUUUUUCUUCUUUUUCUUUCUUCAAUUAACUUCUUUUUCUUUCUUCAAUUUUUCUUCUUUUUCUUUCUUCAAUUUUCUUCUUUUUCUUUCUUCAAUUUUUCUUCUUUUUCUUUCUUCAAUUUUCUUCUUUUUCUUUCUUCAAUUUUUCUUCUUUUUCUUUCUUCAAUUUUUCUUCUUUUGCUUCCCACAAUUUUUCUUCUUUUUCUUUCUUCAAUUUUUCUUCUUUUUCCUUCUUCAAUUAACUUCUUUUUCUUAGUUCAAUUUUUCUUUUUUUUCUUUCUUCAAUUAUCUUCUUUUUCUUUCUUCAAUUUUUCUUUUUUUUCUUUCUUCAAUUUUUCUUCUUUUUCUUUCUUCAAUUUUUCUUCUUUUUCUUCAAUUAUCUUCUUUUUCUUUCUUAAAUUUUCUUCUUUUUCUUUCUUCAAUUUUCUUCUUUUUCUUUCUUCAAUUAACUUCUUUUUCUUCAAUUUUCUUCUUUUUCUUUCUUCAAUUCUUCUUCCUUUUCUUUCUUCAAUUUUUCUUCUUUUUCUUUCUUCAAUUAACUGCUUUUUCUUUCUUCAAUUUUUCAUUUUUUUCUUUCUUCAAUUAUCUUCUUUUUCUUUCUUCAAUUUUUCUUCUUUUUCUUUCUUCAAUUUUCUUCUUUUUCUUUCUUCAAUUUUUCUUCUUUUUCUUCAGUUUUCUUCUUUUUCUUUCUUCAAUUUUUCUUCUUUUUCUUUUUUCAAUUUUCUUCUUUUUCUUUUUUCAAUUAUCUUCUUUUUCUUUCUUCAAUUUUCUUCUUACAGUUUCCACCUUUAUCCUUCUUUUAGUAUUCUUCGAGUUCUUUCAAAAGUCGUUCAAAUUUAUUCCACCAAACAUCUUUUAAUUUUCUUUUUUUUUCAAAACUCUUUUUUUUUUUAA